AUGGUGGAGCCUCGCAAAGUAUACGACUUAGCAGGCUUGACUUCGAUAGUAACGGGCUCAUCGAGAGGAAUCGGUGCUGGCAUAGCACUUGAGCUCGCUCGUCGGGGUGCCAGUGUUGUCGUCAACUACACCUCAUCUAAGAGUCAGAAUGCGGCAGAAAGCAUCGUCAACACCAUUGAGGGCUGUGGAUCUGGUGCACGCGCCAUCGCGAUUCAAGCCAACGUCGUUCUGCCAGAUGAUCAGAAAAAGGUGGUGGAGGCGGCGCUAGAGCUGAGCGGAGAUAACGCCAUACACAUCCUCGUUCACAAUGCGGGAAACGGGGACGACUGCCAUUUGCCUGACAUUACGGAGGAAUUUUACGGCAUGCAGACUGAUCUAAAUGUCAAAGCGCCUAUCUUCCUCACCCAGAAAGUCAUUCCCCACAUGCCCCAUGGCGGCCGCAUCAUCCUCGUAUCCUCAUGUUCUGCACGCAUGGGUGUCGCUCAGCACACAGUUUACGCGGCCAGCAAGGCUUCCAACGAAUCUUUUGCGCGUGUUUGGGCUACGGAGCUUGGUCAAAGCAAAGGUAUCACCGUGAAUUGCGUCAAUCCUGGCCCAGUGGCAACGGAUGGAUACUUCAACAGCACCCAAGAGUUCAUCGAUGAUUUAACGCCACUCGUAAACUCAACACCUGCGGAGGCACGAGUGGGAGAGGUGCGGGAUAUCGCGCCUAUUGUGGGAUUUUUGGCAAGCGAGGAGAGUAGAUGGGUGACUGGAAGCACUGUGAGUGCUUGCGGAGGCCUCCUCUUCUUCUGA